AUGGCAAGAACCAAGCAGACCGCUCGUAAAUCUACUGGAGGCAAAGCCCCAAGGAAGCAGCUCGCUACUAAAGCCGCCCGUAAGAGCGCCCCGGCCACCGGUGGAGUGAAGAAGCCUCAUCGUUACAGGCCCGGCACCCGUCUGGUGAGAGAAAUCGCUCAGGACUUCAAGACGGAUCUGCGCUUCCAGAGCUCUGCUGUCAUGGCCCUGCAGGAGUCCAGUGAGGCUUACUUGGUCGGUCUUUUCGAGGACACCAACCUGUGCGCCAUCCACGCCAAGAGAGUCACCAUCAUGCCCAAAGACAUCCAGCUGGCCCGCCGUAUCCGCGGAGAGCGCGCAUAA